UAAAUUCAUUUUCACACAAUUAUCACAGCAGAAUAUUUCAUUAAGUAAAGACAUUUUGGAGAACAGGAAAACAUGAGUCUCUCAGCAAAGGACAAGAGUACCGUGAAGGCUUUCUGGGGCAAAGUGUCCGGAAAGUCUGCCGACUUGGGGGCUGAAGCCUUGGGCAGAAUGCUGGUUGUAUACCCGCAGACCAAGACCUACUUCUCCCACUGGUCUGACCUGAGUCCUAGCUCUCCUCAAGUGAAGAAGCACGGCGCUACCAUUAUGGCAGCAAUCGGAGACGCCAUUGGAAAGAUUGAUAACCUUACUGGUGGUCUGUCCUCCCUCAGUGAGCUCCAUGCUUUCAAGCUCCGAGUGGAUCCUGCCAACUUCAAGAUCCUGGCCCACAACAUCAUCCUGGUGUGUGCCCUGUACUUCCCCCAAGACUUCACUCCAGACGUCCACGUCUCUGUUGACAAGUUCCUGAUGAACCUGGCUUUGGCUUUGGCUGAGAAAUACCGCUAAAAGCAGCAAAGCAGUGCCAUGGCUGGAUUUAUGCACCAUGUCAUGAAAAACCAGUGUAAGCCCUACCUGUGAGCUUACGUGCUGGGUGAAUAAAUACAAAAAUGACUGAAA